GAGGAGACAUUAACAGCGCAGUGCUGUGUAUUAUCAGUGAAAUAGAAUGGCAAAUGAAAGAAGCUCGGCAGAAAGUGUUUAAUUGGAGAGGCGGGGGCUGUCCUGUUUGGGAGAUUCUCCCUAGUGGUUACUCCUGAGAAGACCUGAAAGGAAAGGAACCUAGUGAGGCCUAAGCUGCAGGCAGCUGCCAGGCUGUUUCAGCUAACUUUUUCCCCCCUUGCUUUAUAGUGAUAAAUAGUGGAUGCCUAAGGUGUCUUCAGACAACCACCUGGUGAUAAACUGUUAAAAAUGGUAAAGACCCUAAGUCCCAGGUGUGGGGUGGGGUGUCUUCCUUGCUGUUGCAGGCCUGGUCUUAUUUCCUUUCCCCUUGGCCAUUUCUGACUUUGGGGAACUCAGCGAUUCCUGUUGACUAAAAGAGCACACUCUCCUACCACAAGCCUGACAAAUCAGACGUCCAAAUAAUUUCUGAACUCACUUUGGUUAGGGCAGGAAGCACAGGCUCCUUUUCUGUCUGUGUUUUCCUGCGAGAAAACUUAUCUUCCCUCCUUUUUUGCAUAUUUGGCAAGUGGUUUGCCGGAGACCAGCCUGAAGGCAGCAGUGGAACUUUGGGGAGGAGGAAGCAGGAGGCCUGCAGCAGGGUCCCUUCCCAGAUGGACUGAGUUAGAGGGGAUUUCAGGGAACACUGGGUCCGGAGGCCCGGAUCCUCAAAGUCUGGAUUCGGGUGGGAAACGCAGCUCUCCUUCAGGCUCUGGGAGACACAGGAGGUCAUUGAUACCCUAAGAACAAUGGAAGCUGAUGACGGCCAAGAUAUGUCCCAAAUUUCAGGGAAGGAAAGCCCUCCCAUAAGCGAUACUCCGGAUGAUGGCGAUGAGCCCAUGCCUGUCCCUGAGGACCUGUCCACCACUUCCGGAGGGCAGCAGAAUUCCAAGAAUGAAAGAGGUAUGGACACUCCCAUCUGGACCUAUGGUGAGGGCAGGCACGUCAUUCCUACCACCCACCACCACGUAUCCCAUGCCUGCCAUCAACGCCCCCUGCAGGCGAACACAUCUCAGCCCAAGGUGCGCCCCUGCCAGUAAUGUUAAAGUAGAGACUCAGAGUGAUGAAGAGAAUGGGCGUGCCUGUGAAAUGAAUGGGGAAGAAUGUGCGGAGGAUUUACGAAUGCUUGAUGCCUCAGGAGAGAAAAUGAAUGGCUCCCACAGUGACCAAGGCAGCAAAGCUUUGUCAGGAGUUGGAGGCAUUCGACUUCCUAACGGAAAACUAAAGUGUGAUAUCUGUGGGAUCAUUUGCAUCGGUCCCAAUGUGCUCAUGGUUCACAAAAGAAGCCACACUGGAGAACGUCCUUUCCACUGUAAUCAGUGCGGCGCCUCUUUCACUCAGAAAGGCAAUCUCCUGCGCCACAUCAAGUUGCAUUCAGGAGAGAAGCCCUUCAAGUGCCACCUCUGCAACUACGCGUGCCGCCGGAGGGACGCCCUCACGGGCCACCUGAGGACCCACUCCGUUGGUAAACCUCACAAAUGUGGAUAUUGUGGCCGAAGCUAUAAACAGCGAAGCUCUUUAGAGGAACAUAAAGAGCGCUGCCACAACUACUUGCAAAGCAUGGGCCUUCCAGGCACGCUGUACCCAGUCAUUAAAGAAGAAACUAAUCACAGUGAAAUGGCAGAAGACCUGUGCAAGAUAGGAUCAGAGAGAUCCCUCGUGCUGGACAGACUAGCAAGUAACGUCGCCAAACGUAAGAGCUCUAUGCCUCAGAAAUUUGUUGGAGAGAAGUGCCUGUCAGAUUUACCCUACGACAGCAGCACCAGCUACGAGAAGGAGAACGAGAUGAUGUCAUCGCAUGUGAUGGACCAGGCCAUCAACAACGCCAUCAGCUACCUGGGGGCUGAGUCCCUGCGCCCCCUUGUGCAGACGCCCCCGGGGGGCUCUGAGGUGGUCCCGGUCAUCAGCCCCAUGUACCAGCUCCACAAGCCCCAUGGGGACGGUCCCCCGCGUUCCAACCACACAGCUCAGGACAGCGCCGUGGAGAACUUGCUACUGCUCUCCAAAGCCAAGUCGGUCUCUUCCGAGAGAGAUGCUUCCCCAAGCAACAGCUGCCAAGACUCCACAGACACCGAGAGCAAUAACGAGGAGCAGCGCGGUGGCCUCAUCUACCUGACCAACCACAUCAACCCCCACGCCAGGAACGGCCUGUCCAUCAAGGAGGAGCACCGGGCCUACGAUGUGCUGCGAGCGGCCUCCGAGAACUCCCAGGACGCCUUCCGCGUGAUCAGCCCCAGCGGCGAGCAGAUGAAGGUGUAUAAGUGCGAACACUGCAGGGUGCUCUUCCUGGACCACGUCAUGUACACCAUCCACAUGGGCUGCCACGGCUUCCGUGAUCCUUUUGAGUGCAACAUGUGCGGCUACCACAGCCAGGACAGGUACGAGUUCUCCUCCCACAUCACCCGCGGUGAGCAUCGUUUCCACAUGAGUUAAGCUACUCUGCCGGAAGCAGGUGGAUUGUAGCACUCUGCUUCCAGAGUGGCAGGGGCCACCCUCCAAGAAAAGCACAAUCACCCAUGAACAGAAAAUGCAUAAAAGAACUGCUACCUUCUCCCCUUCUGGCCAGCAGCGUGAACUGGAUGAUGUGUUUUGGUUUUUAAGGUGUUUUGAGUUUUUGUUGUUGUUGUUGUUUUGGGUUUUUUUUUUUUUUUCCUUAAAUUGUUUGGUUUGCUUUUGAAAACAGUGAGAAUUUUAUUGUUAGAUGCAGGGUUACAUUUGAAGCACCCAGAACUGUUUUCUUACUAGACAUUUCCAUAGAUGGCUAGCUGAAAUCCCUUCACCUCUUGUUUUGUAAUUCCCCUCCUCCAAACAAUUAAAAAAAAAAAACAAU